GGCGUGACGCGGGCUGUGAUUGGCUGACAGUUGUAGAUAAGGUAGGACGAUUUCAGCUGCGACUGUCAAGAUUGGCAAAGAGCUGGCGCUGCUGAGUGCAGGUAAAAGAAAUAGGCGACAGAAAAACAUUUAUCCAGGCUGAGAGCGAGAAGUGAGAUGGAAACGUGGGAGCCUUUUCGUGCGACACAAUCUCCGAAACCAGCUAUUUAAGUCGGCGAAAAAAAAGCGCAACACCUUCGGCGUCUCGGAAGAAAGUGCCGUUGUGUCAACCAUCGCUGGGCUCGCGGGCACGCUUUGUACAGCGAGCAACUUGGACAGCUGCGUGUUUUCAGGCGAGCCAUCAACAAAGAAUGAAAGCAUUCAAGAGAGCUCUGGAAGAAGAGCGUCGCCAGGAGCAUUCUUCGGCUGUGUCGGACAGCGAUGACGGCUCCCCUCUCGACCUGUCAGGAAGAGGGCACUUUGGGAAACGCCGUCGCCGCGGUAACUUGCCCAAAGAGGCAGUUCAGAUUCUCCGGAGCUGGCUGUACGAACACCGUUACAACGCUUACCCGUCGGAGCAGGAGAAACUCAGCCUGUCGGGCCAGACCAACCUCUCUGUGCUGCAGAUAUGUAACUGGUUCAUCAAUGCACGUCGCCGCCUGCUCCCUGACCUUCUUCGCAAGGAUGGCAAAGAUCCCUCCAAAUUCACAAUUUCUCGUAAGGUUAGUGGUAGAAAUGGAGGUGGAGGCAGCUCUCCAGAGAGACGCUCUUCUCACAGCUCAUCUCAGCAGCGCCCAUCUGUCAUUCACUCUGGCCCUACUCUGGACCUCAGUCUUCUUGGGAACACAGCGACCGCUAUUCUGACGGGAGCAGGCUACCCUGGUAAAGAAGGGUCAGUCCAGGCACUGAUGAAGCUGGAUACACAAAGUCUCCUAAGGGAAGCAGAGGAACAGGUGGCUCAUAAGGCUUCUCUCACCAGCACAACAGUAGCAGCUAGCCCCACCAGUGGCCUCUUCAACACGCCUCCCCCGACUCCUCCGGAGCCGUUCCCCAGCCACGACUUCAGUGACUUGAGGCUCCUGGUAGAUGCAGCUCUGCAGAGGGCUGCAGAGCAGGAAAACCUGAAAACACCCAAGGAGAACCAGAACAAACCCACAGAGAUGCUGAAGGCUGAGCUAGUCAAGGCACAGUGCAGUGCUUACAGCAGUGUCAUGGGCCCUACCCCUCCUCCAGAGGACAGCCAACAAGUCAUGGAUCCCUCAAGAGUGCAGAGUCUGAUGGAGAAGGCUAUGGCUGUUCCAGUGCCAGCUGUAACGUCAGUUAAGGGUCCUGUGCCCAUGUCUUCAGCAGUCUCUGUAGCAGUAUCCGCUCCAGUCUUGCUCGCAGCCCAGAGAAUAUCGCCUCUCCCCAUGAAUAAAGUCAUCUGGAGCCCCUUGGAGAAGGAUGCUGUCAGAACACCCAGCCCAAACCAGCCUCAGGUCAUCCCAGCCCAUCUGCCAACCUUAGUGCCAGUUUCUGCCUUUAUCUUAGGACAGCCAAAUUCUCAGAAACCACCUGCUGCUCCAGCCAUCUCCCCAUCUCAGUCAUCAGCUUCAGCCUCAAGUUCGGCUCCAUCUCCGCUGCCCACUACAUGUCCUGUAAGUGCAUCAGUGCCAGCUACAAGGCCAGUCUCGGUGCCAUCACCAGUCCUACUGCCAGCCUCAAGUUCCAUAUCUGUCCCAGCUGCAGGCCAGGAUUCAUCCCUUACUGCAGCGCUUGUUGCAACUGCACCUUCUCCAGCCAUCACCUCUCUCUCUGCUUCUAGAGGAGUCCCACUUCCCCUACCAGUCCACAAACCCACGCUGAUCCCAGUAACAGUUUCAAGCCCAUUGCCUGCUUCAACCUCGGUGUCAUCUGCAGCCACAGUUAGCGCCUCGGUUUCUGCCCCUGCUCAGGCUUCAACUGUUGCUUCAGCCCAUUCGACAGCGGCCAUCACACCUCUUCUGGGCCUCACUGCCCACCUCACGCCUCCUCUGCAGCCCUCCUCCAUGAGCAGCGCCACCACCAGCAGCAGUAGUAGUAGUAGCAGUUCACAGAGGAUUUCAGCUGUGGUGCCCAGUGUUUGGAGCAUGGUCCAUGCUGACGCCAGGCAAGCCACCCUUCAAGUGGUAAAGACCCCCAUUACCACAGCGUGGGGCCCUCAACACAGCCUGCACUCGGUGAGUGAAACUGUUAACUAGGAGCUGCAGCUGAUUUUUAUACAUCUGGGCAGGAGUGAGACCAGGCACUCGUUUAGGCUGGACAACACUGUAUAUAGAAGAAUGUAUCUUCAUCUACGGUCCCUUUUUAACACAAAGCCUGAGCCUGCAGGAUUUACAGCAACAAAUUAGAUCUGCAAACUUGGACAAAAUAUCGUAAGAGACAUGUUGCUUUGAACAGAUUUUGGAAACUUUUAUUGCUGAAUAAGGUAUUUUCAGUGGAAGCUGUUGCUUUGACAACACGUUGAUGCCGUUUUUCAACGUGAACAUUCCUCGGUGCAGAGUACACGUUUGUAUGAAGUUUUUGAUGCAAUUUUCAAACCCCUUUUAACAUUUCAAUUUUGAAUGAGGAGGAAUAUAUCCCAUGAUUGUACAAAAUGUCAAUUGGUGUAAUUAUCAGCACCAACAAAGCUGGCCUCUUCAGUAGCAGUACUGAACUUUAUUGAAUGUACAAAAGACAUUGAUAUCAUUGGCUAGCCUGCCUGUAUUCCACUCCCCUCCAGGAUCAAAAAGGAGGACAAGUUUUGUUUUUCUUUUUCUGUCUGUAUAGCAACAACUUCAGUCCUCUAUAGCUGUGCAAUUCAGAUAAAUUUGUUAAUUUGGUCUGUUCUUUACUCAGACACAUGUCCCUCCCCUUUCCGUUGAUGUAGCAGAGCUGAGCAGAAGGAUAUUGAUUAUACUGCAGUGAUCCUGUCUAAAUGACACACUUCAGUGUGUGUCUCUAGUGCUCUCCACCUAUCCUUCUGUCUCUUUAUAGCUAAGGGGAUUCAUAACACUGGCCUUAGGAUGUGGUCAUUGUUUUUCAAAACCUGAAUGUCUUAAUGGUAGAAAACAGUAAUAGAUGCAUCUUGGCAAAGCAAAUGUAGCAAACUUACCAGCUGAUGUCAUUAACUUUUUUAUUUUCAAUAAGAGCUGUUUUUCCUCCAAUCUGUGCUUUUCACCUUUGUCUAGAAAUGGUUGCUAUAGAUUUUUUUUAAUCAUUCAUAAAGGUGUAGUUUCCAUGAAACUGUUAGGAUGAAACCACAAUAUGUGUCUGAAUGCCACCUGGAUGUCUAAUAGCAGUGGCAGUGCAUGGGGAAAAGUUGGGUUCCUUCCUAUGUGAAUAAUGCUGUAGCAGAACUGUUAGAUGAAUCUUCAUGUUUACGAGUAUCACUGAGCUGUGUAUAAUUAUUUACAUGUGCAAGUUGUUGGAGGAGACAGAAGUCUGAUGUUGGGUCCUAAUACUGCUGAGCACCGACCACCACAGCCAUUCCCAAAAAAACUUUCCUUUUCUUGUUUAUGGCAGAUGUGAAAACACCAACACUCUUCUUACAUUCCUCUGAUUUUUGUUUUGUUUGUGCAUCCUCAUUGCCAUUUGUCUUCUGUGCAUGCCAGUAGAGGAUUUGGACAUUUUUUUUGUUACAGGUACUCAGUAGACAGAUGUGCAUUUAUACCUCAAUUUUACACAGGUCAUGUCAGGCUUGAAUCAUAUGUGGAAUACUAAGUAUUAAAGUAAUAUUUUUAUUAUUCAUACUACAUUGUGCCACUGUGACGACACCUUAUUGGUUGUGAUACUGGAAAUGACUGGCUGAGGGUUAGGUUUUAUGUGACAAGAUUUGUAUUGGGUUUUAUAUGAAAACUGACACUCCAGUCAGAGAAGACAAUGUGAUGACGCUUGUGCAUAUUUUCAAGGUCAAGUUUUGCUUUUGUUUGUAUGUGUUGGCAUGGACUUUAUCUCUGUGUAGUUUUGUUGCAGCUAAACGAGUUCAAAAAGUCCCCCCCCCCCCCCCCCCCCCCCCCACACACACAAGUUCACAUUGUGAAUCAUCACUGAUUGUUGGCAGUAUGACUGGCUGCUGUGCCUUAAAACUACGACUGAGGGAUGACGUCCCUUUUUUAUAUAAAAACUUCUCAAUAGUCUGUGCAAUAUAUGCCUUAAACUUUAAUGUGUGUUUUGUAUGAGCAUUUCAAAGAAAUAAAAGUUCAGUUUUUAUAAA